UUCAUCUGCUGUCAUGCUGAAAUAUUAUUGUCAUAUUUUAUACAUAAGAUAUAAAUAAACACGACAUAAAUAUCAUUUGAUGCGGACUUGUAAGAUUAAUUUGAAGAAGAAACAAAAAUGACAUUGUGAAACUUCAUCAAACAUGGAUAUGCAGGCAGUUUUUGUGCUCUUAUUCGCAUGGUUUUGCAUAUCAGUUGCAAAUCCAGUGAAACAAUUAACUGGUGGAUCACAUAAUAGUAAAGGAACCAACACAGCAUCUGUGGGAAGAGCCAAUAUUGGACGAGCGGGUUCAUUAGCAAAUAAGAUACUCAUACCGGGAAAGAAAUCUUCAGGGAUAAAACUUUUAGAAACAUCACAUCUGUUAGGCACUGCAGGUCCAUUCGAUAGGAAUGUGCUGCCAUCCCAAAACGAUUUAGGGUUAGAUAACUCUUUCUCAACAUCUACAAACAAUGGUAUACAGAGAGACACAAGGAAUAACAAAAGAAGUCACGACUUUGAUGAUUGGGAUUCUUGGGAAAGUUCUGAUGAGCAUAGUCACAGACGAGGAAAUGAAAUUCGUAGAGAUCAUUCCGAUUGGGACAGUUGGGAAUGGGAUUCAGGUGAGUUUCAUGCAAAAGAAAGAUUUGAAAAAAAUCAUAAUAUGCGUGGUGGUUGGACGGUUAGAGAUGAUUGGGAAGAUUGGGAUUCAGAUAUAUCCUCAGAGGGAAUGUAUGAUCGAGGGAAUCUUAAUACCAGACCAAUAGGGUCACACAGAGGGUUGAAAAGAACAGUCGACGAUUGGGACGACGAGUGGGAUUUAGAUAGUUCUUCAGAGGAUAUAGAAUAUCGAAGUGGACUCAAAUUCAGACAACCGUUAUUAAAUAAUAGAAAGAAAGGAACAGUCGAUGAUUGGGAUGACUGGGAUUCAGAUAUAUCUUCAAUGGAAACAGAUGAUUGGAGAAAAGUCAGACAUAUUUUGCCAAAUAACAGAAGGAAAGGAACUAUCCAUGAUCAGGAUGACUGGGAUUCAGAUACAUCUUCAUGGGAAACAGAUGAUCGGAGACUAUUCCAAAGCAGAACAAUAAUGCCAAAUAACAGAAGGAAAGGAAUACUCCAUGAUCGAGAUGACUGGGAUUCUGAUUUUUCUGAUGAAAAGAGGGAUAGUGCACAUAACCAAAUGAACUCAAGGACAAACAAUGGACUAAAAAGAAAUUUUAAUUAUCAAAGUGAUAGUAGUGAUUGGUUUGAUGAUUGGUCGGAUGAAAGGUUCGAACAAAGUAAUGGUAAUGUUCGGAAGCCACAUAUGAGAAUGUUCUCUUCCAGGAAAGAUGACAAAGACGACUUCUUUGGUGAUUGGUCAAGUGAACAAAGUGAAAGGACACAUAGAAGAGUAGGCAGAAAUAAUAAAAGAACAUUGCAUGGCAAUAACAGGUCAAAUAGGUUAAAGAAAGAUAACUUAUAUUUCGAAAGUGAUGAAAAUGAAAUGUGGGAUAAUGCCAGGGACAAUGAUAAUGAACGUCAGAACACACAAGAUCCAUUUUUGAAACGUGUGCAAAACGCUUUUUUAUUAGACCUAGAUGAUAUGGAAGACUUUAAUAAAAUACCAAUGAAGAGAAAAACAAUGUUACCAAAAGGAAUCCAGUUCAUUGGAAAAGAUAACUGAGACCACAGAGAAUUAAUUAACCAAAGAUUAACGGUUCAAAAAUCCGAUUUAAAAUUUUCUGUUUAACAACCUUUUUUGUUACAGAAUGUCUGGUGUAGAAAAGCGAAAUACAAACGACAGGAACGAUGGAAUGUAGAAUCCUGGUUCCGAUAAAAAAAAAUGCCUUUGUCCUUCUCCUUUGUUAAACAUUUUAUAGACUUUUGUUAGGACGAUCUCUACUGAGUUUUAUACUCAGUAAAUACAAGUAUUUCUAUCUUAUGCUUAUGCCUACUUUUUCAUAUUCAUAAAAAAAAUUAUGGACCUUAACUUAUCCUUUGCAACGAUGUUAUAUUUCAAUUUUCGUGAUUUUGCUGCGU